AUGACAGACAGGGCAAGGACUAUGGCAGUGGCGCUCGCGGCAGCCAUGGCGAUGCUGCUGGUAGGAGGAGGAGAAGCAUCGGCAGGGAAGGCAGGAGGGACAAGGUCUAGAGGAGAAAGUUUCAAGGAGGACCUCGUUCUGCGCCCGCUGGCGGAUGGAAACGUCAUGACCCACUUCGUCUUCCGGACAACAUGCGCCGUUCCUGACAGCCUCCUGCUGCCCAGGGGACGAGGAGGGCAGAGGAAGGCGCGCCUGGACCCGCUCCACCUGAACAUGUUCCCCAAGGUGAUCGCGGAGAUCGUGAGGAUGUACGGGGUAGGAGAGGUCCACCUGAGCUUCUCGCGCGGGAGAUGGCAGACAGAGCGAUGGUCGCAUCCUCCCGUCGCCGCCCCGCAAGGAGUGGAGCUCCGAGCAUGGUUCCUGCCGACGGAGGGGCUGAAGGAGGCGUGGAAGGGGAUCACCCAUGCUCUUUCCGGGCUGUUCGGCGCGUCCAUCAACUUCCUUGAGCCAGCGACGAAACACAUCCACCCGCAGAAGACAUUCCAUUCCCGCUCAGCUCUCAUCAACUCCAUCUGGAACGGCUCUCCUCCUCCCUCUCACCUCUUCUACGGAGCUCUGCCGCGAGAAGUGGCAUGCACGGAGAACCUGACCCCAUGGAUGAAGCUGCUGCCUUGCCGGCAUGCUUCUGGCCUCUCCGCCCUGCUCCAGCCCAAGAGGGAUUGCGGAGGGCUUUACAGCAGUUACACUCUGCACUUGGCCAUCCAAUGCGAGAGGGUGGAGGAUGGGAGUUGCCGUCCUGGAAGCUACUUCAUCGAACUUAUCCAGACGGCGACUGGUGUCAGCAACACCAUCACACUGGGCGACAACUCAAUCUACAAGACAGUCUCGGCUCGAUCGCUUCCUCCAGUAUUCCAAGCAAACUUCCAGCUCUCCGACCUCUUGCGUCCUGGCGAAGACCUUGAAGCGUGUACCCUAGCAUCAGAGUCUUGGAUUCAUAUCCAUCAGCCUUCCUUCCUCCAAGAAGGAAAAAGUCUUCACGUGAGCACCGUGGGGGACUUCGAGGGAGAGCUCAAGCAAAGGCAUGCAGACGAUGAUGCCUCGACUUCAUUCAGAUUGUCACACUUGCAAUCCUCUCAACGACGAGACGUGCAGAUCCGUUGGGCACUGAUGCAGACUAGUCCGCUGGUAGCUGGAGGAGGAGGCAGUUGGAUCUCGCUGUCCAGAUACGUGACGGGGCAUGCGACAGCGAGAUCAGGGCUGGUCCUGGACAUCACCAACUCCCAUCGCCAUCAAAACAUCUCACUGCAUGUGUUGGAUCAUUUCCCUUGGUUUGUUCGAGCAUACCUCCAUCUCCUGCACGUCUUCGUCGAUGGAGUUGAGAAAUCGAUCGAUCACGCUCUCAACAUUCAGAAUGUGGAGCUUGCGAGGAUACGACAGGGAAUGACGAUGCUGGAGUAA